GCCAAGUCAUUGACCAAACCGGACCGGAACUGGGAUUGGAAUGGGAUUGGGUCCACUACUAAGCGUAAGUGUGCAAAUUCAUUGCAGCAUCGGCGUAUUUCAAAAUUUGGAAAUUAAAACUAGUAAAACUCACUUCUCUCAUUCAUUAAAGCCAUAUUUUUGUUGGAAAAUGGUUUGGUGAAUGCAUUUUCCUGUUUUCCUUUUUACAGUAAUUCUCUCAUUCCUGUUUUCUAUUUUCUAGUUUUCCGGUUUUCUGGAAAACUGAAAAAUAUCUCUAUUAGUAAACAUGCACUAAUUUUCUACCAUUAAUAUCCUAAUCUAAUUAGUUAAUUGUCCCCAACUUCCAUUGGGCAACCGGGUCAGUCUAUUGGUGGCAGGCAAGACCGGUGGUGGCGGACAUUCCGGCAACCAGCGUAGCUCCGGCGAGAUGCAACACGCAAACUGUCGGUAGCCGGCGGUGGUAGUGGGUAGGCAGGGGACUCUAAAAGGCUACAUGAAUAUAUUUGUCCAAACACACGGAGUUAUAGGAUCAGGAGUCGUAUUAAUUCUGAUGAUGUGGUGCGCAAAUAAAAGUGGGCCCUUGUUUGUGUCCAUCUUCAAUCCUUUAGUAUUGGUGUUUGUGGCUCUGACAUGCUCAUUGUUGCUCAAUGAAACAUUACAUCUUGGAAGCAUUUUGGGUGGAUUUGUGAUUAUAUUCGGAUUAUACGUGGUAUUAUGGGGGAAAGCAAGAGACAUGAAAGAAGCAAGCAGCUCUGAUUCUCAGCAUGUCAUUCCUAAAACUAACUUAGAAACUGUGCAAUAAUUAAUUAAUUUGUUUUGGUUCUGUUUUCUUUCAAGUAAGCAUAAACUCAGAAAGUAAUAGUUUCUGCCCGUGCAUUGGCCCUGAUCAGAACAAAAGCUAGCUAGGCAAGACCGCAAGAAAUCAUUGAAUAUGUGUGUAGUCUUUCUCUUUCAGCGUCUCAUUAGACGCUACGUACUCCGUAUACUUUUAUUUGUUCGCCUCUAUUUGGCAAAAUAUUACUCUCUUAUAUUCACAUGCAAUUUUGGACGCG